UUAAAAAAAACAAUCAUUGUAUAUUGUACAUUGUGUUGCAGGUGAAACGCGUUUGGGACUGAUGUGGACAUGCAUGACCCUGUACAAUAGACCACAAGUGUGCUUCACCCCUGUACUCCAACCCGAAUGGAUGCUUGCAUUGGUCUGCAUAUUCAUUGGGUGCAUCUGCAGCACCACCACGAUCAUACUCUUAGCCACCUCGCAUUGGGACAGAAACGUCGUACCAUACGCCAGAUGGGUGGGUUUCACAGCAAUGGUCCUCUUCUGCUUGGCCGCAGUGAUAUUCCCGAUGGGAUUCCACGUGGAUGAAAUCGGUGGACAACCCUACCAACUGCCCAACAGUCACCAGGUGGGCAUAUCCUACAUCCUGUUCGUGCUCGCUCUCUGGAUCACCGUCAUCUCUGAGCUCUUCGCUGGAAAAGUAUGUCUUCCGCAUUUCUAGAUGCGCGCUGCUCUCAUGACUAGUGCAAUCUCAUGUCUUAACACUCUAAACACAAUUAUUUUACUUUUGUCUUUCUCUUCUUUAUAUUUCUUCUUAUUGUAAGGGGUAACGGAUCAGUUUCUUUCUAUAUGUUAUAUUUUAUAAGUCUGUGAUAAACGAGAUACAUAGUAUAUUAUUGAAUGUCUUAUCUAGUUAAUUAAGUUGUCUAAAAAUAAAGUUGAAUGUUCGUUUUUA